UGCAAAGGAGGUGGCAAAGCUGCUGGAGAUGAAGGCCCAGCUGGGGGGAGAUGAGGGGAAACCCAAGUUUGUGCUCAAGACCCCGAAGGGCACACGGGACUAUGGCCCCAAGCAAAUGGCCAUCCGGGAGAGGGUCUUCAGUGCCAUCAUCUCCUGCUUCAAGCGCCACGGGGCAGAAGUCAUCGACACACCCGUGUUCGAGCUGAAGGAGACGCUGACGGGGAAAUAUGGGGAAGACUCGAAGCUCAUCUAUGAUCUGAAGGACCAAGGAGGGGAGCUGCUGUCCCUGCGCUACGACCUGACAGUAUCCUGCCACAGCCUGAUGGCCAUGAACAAGAUCACCAACAUCAAGCGCUACCACAUUGCCAAGGUGUACAGGAGGGACAACCCGGCCAUGACCCGGGGCCGCUACCGCGAGUUCUACCAGUGUGACUUCGACAUCGCCGGGCAGUUCGACCCCAUGAUCCCCGAUGCCGAGUGCCUGAAGAUCGUGCACGAGAUCCUGAGUGACCUGCAGCUCGGGGACUUUGUCAUCAAGGUGAUACUGGGGUUCUCUGUGCCAUGGUGGGAGGCAGUGCCGUGGGAGGAAGUGAGGAGCGAGAUGGUGGGAGAGAAGGGGCUCUCUCCCGAGGCUGCGGAUCGCAUCGGGGAGUACGUCCAGCUCCACGGUGGGCUGGACCUGAUCGAGCGGCUCCUGCAGGACCCAAAGCUGUCACAGAACAAGCUGGCCAAGGAGGGGCUGGGGGACAUGAAGCUGCUGUUUGAGUACCUGACCCUGUUUGGCAUCACAGGGAAGAUCUCCUUCGACCUGAGCCUGGCCCGGGGCCUGGACUAUUACACGGGGGUGAUCUUUGAGGCCGUGCUGCUGCAGCAGGAGAACGAGCACGUGGAGGAGCUGGUGGGCGUCGGGAGCGUGGCUGGAGGCGGCCGCUACGACGGGCUGGUGGGGAUGUUUGAUCCCAAGGGCCGGAAGGUGCCCUGCGUGGGGGUCAGCAUUGGCAUCGAGCGGAUCUUCUCCAUCCUGGAGCAGAGGCUGGAGGCCUCUGAGGAGAAGAUCAGGACAACAGAGACGCAGGUGCUGGUGGCCUCUGCCCAAAAGAAGCUCCUUGAAGAGCGGCUGAAGCUCAUCUCCGAGCUGUGGGAUGCUGGAAUCAAGGCAGAGAUGCUGUACAAGAAGAACCCCAAGCUGCUGAACCAGCUGCAGUACUGUGAGGACACGGGCAUCCCUCUGGUCGCCAUCGUGGGGGAGCAGGAGCUCAAGGAUGGAGUCAUCAAACUGCGCAUUGUGGCAACCAGGGAGGAGGUCAACAUCCGCAGGGAGAGCCUGGUGGAGGAGAUCAGGAGGAGAACGAGCCAGCCUUAGCCCCCUCCGGGACACGUCUGCUCCUCGGUUGGAUUCUGGCUGACAGAUUUCCUCCUGUAAAUGCCUUGGCCAGGCUGUGCAGCAGCGGGUGGGGGGCUCGGGGGGGCUCUGAAAGCUGUAUUUAUUCUUGUAUCAUGCCCUCCCUCCCCCGGCGGGAGCAGAGGCUGUGCCGACUCCUGCGCCCUGCCCUGGCCCUCGAGAAUGUCGCUGGGAAGAUGUGGAGGUGGCUC